AUGCGUCGUCUCGCAACAAGAGCUGGAGGUCGUCUUGCCCACCACUGCUCCUAUAGCACACCCCGAUCCGCCCUUCUUGUUGCUUCCUCCAGGAUGGCCCCCUCAUCAUCAUCGUCACCAAAGCCGGCCCCGGCCUCGGCGGUGAGAAGGUUACACGCCACGGCCCAGCAUCUGCGUCCAGCAGCAGCAGCAGCGGCCGCCGAACUGCCCAGCACGACGACCAACUUCCCCACGACCCACGACAAGAUCGCCAACGUGCAAAACACCCCCUACUUCCUCGACAACAAGUUCGUCUCGUCAUCCACGACCGAGUUCAUCGACCUGCACGACCCGGCCACCAACAACCUAGUGACGCGGGUACCGCAGAACACCGACGCCGAGCUCCAGGCGGCCGUGGCCUCGGCGCAGAAAGCCUUUGAGUCAUGGCGCGCCACCAGCGUCCUGCAUCGCCAGCAAAUCAUGUUCAAGUUUGUUGCGCUGAUCCGUGAGAACUGGGACCGGCUGGCGGCGAGCAUCACGCUGGAGCAGGGGAAGACGUUUGCGGAUGCGAAGGGGGAUGUGUUGCGGGGGUUGCAGGUUGCUGAGGCCGCGUGUGGUGCGCCGGAGUUGUUGAAGGGCGAGUUGUUGGAGGUUGCGAAGGAUAUGGAAACGCGGACGUAUAGGGAGCCGUUGGGAGUUGUAGCUGCGAUUUGCCCCUUUAACUUCCCCGCCAUGAUUCCGCUCUGGUGUAUCCCCAUCGCCACAGUGACCGGGAACACCCUCAUCCUGAAGCCGUCAGAGCGUGACCCAGGUGCGGCCAUGAUCCUAGCGGAACUCUGCCAAAAGGCCGGUUUCCCCGACGGCGUCGUCAACGUCGUGCAUGGUGCGCACCGCACCGUCAACUUCAUCCUCGACGACCCGGCCAUCAAGGCAGUCAGCUUUGUCGGCGGUAACAAGGCCGGCGAGUACAUCUUCUCGCGCGGCUCAGCCAACGGCAAGCGGGUGCAGGCCAAUCUGGGGGCCAAGAACCACGCGGCCGUCCUCCCAGACUGCAAUAAGAACCAGUUCCUCAACGCCGUCGUAGGCGCCGCCUUCGGCGCAGCCGGCCAACGCUGCAUGGCCCUCUCCACCCUCGUCAUGGUCGGCGAAACCAAAGACUGGCUCCCCGAACUCGCCGAGCGCGCCAAGGGCCUCUCCGUCAACGGCGGCUUCGAAGACGGCGCCGACCUAGGCCCCGUCAUCACCCCGCAAAGCAAAGCCCGCAUCGAAUCCCUCAUCGCCUCCGCCGAAUCCGAAGGCGCCACCAUCCUCCUCGACGGCCGCGGCUACAUCCCGCCCAAGUAUCCGAACGGCAACUGGAUCGCGCCCACCAUCAUCUCCAACGUCACCCCCCAAAUGAAAUGCUACCGCGAAGAGAUCUUCGGCCCCGUCCUCGUCUGCCUCAACGCCGACACCCUCGACGAAGCCAUCGACUUGAUCAACGCCAACGAGUACGGCAACGGCGUCGCCAUCUUCACCCGCUCAGGCCCCACGGCCGAGACUUUCCGUCGUCGUAUCGAGGCCGGCCAGGUGGGCAUCAACGUGCCUAUCCCUGUGCCCCUGCCUAUGUUCAGUUUCACGGGUAACAAGAAGAGCAUUGCUGGUGGCGGCGCGAGUACCUUUUAUGGCAAGCCGGGUGUGAACUUUUAUACCCAGCUGAAGACGGUCACGGCUAUGUGGAGUGGGGAGGACGCGAUCUCUAAGAAGGCGGAUGUGGCGAUGCCGACACAUAGCUAG